AUGAAUUUCCAGUUAAUACAACUGAAAGCAGGUAUUGUAACAAUUCCCGUUUGGAUGGCUUUAAGUUUAGUAGGCGGUUAUGUUUGUGUUAUUGCUGCUAUUUUCCUAGCUUGGGAAAAUCGUUGGUCUUACUUCACUUCUUUUUAUUUUAUUUGUAUUUCUUGUUUAACUAUUGGACUUGGGGAUGUUGUGCCUGAUCACCCUCAUAUGCUUAUUUUAAUGUUUGUUUUUGUUAUUUUUGGUCUUUCAUUUGUUUCAAUGCUUAUUUCUGUUAUUCAAAUAAAAAUGGAAGAAUGGCUAUACAGAAUGCUUAUCAGAAUGCAGAAAGAAUAUCAAAAAGCACUACAAGCAGCAACUGACCCAGAAGAACGUGAAAGAAUACUUGGAGACCUUUUAGCUAAAGAGCCUUGGUAUAUGCGUGAAUUAGCCCCUCUUUGUGUUAGUGAAAAACAAACAGUUAAAUUGGAAAAUUUGGCAGAGCAAUACGAACGUGUUCUUCUCCCCACAAAUACAAGGGGAAUACAAACAGAAUUUAGGCCAACAACAAUAAAAGAAGAAGAAAUUGAAAUAACCGAAGAAGAAGAGGUGGAGGAAAGGAGAAUAAAUGAACAAAAAUUAAAAUCACAAAAUAAAAAUAUUGGGGGUGGUGGUGGAGGUGGACAGUUAAAAAGGUAGGUGUUUUUGAAUAAUUUUCUUCUAAUUAAUAAUUCUGGAAAAAUUCUGUUACUUC